GACGUCAAGCUUUGGUGGAUGCGGAUUCAAAAUUAGCUGCACAUGAGACUCAUGAUAAUUUGUCGUUGCAAGUUGAGGCUCAAGGGUCAACCUCUGAGCACCAGCGUUCUACUAGCAUGCAUGGUAUUUCGGCUGAUGACAAUCCCUUUAAAGACGAUGAAAGUGCUGAGGAAACUAGGAAAGAUGAAAUUAGUACAUCUGAUAUGGUACUAAGAACCGUAAAGAAAUCGUAUAAAGGUCCUAAAGCAUUACUGGAUGCUACUCCAAAAUUAGCUGUGAAUUUAACGACACGAAAGUAUUCAAGAAAGACGAAGAUUAUUCUGUUUGGCGACAGCAAUACUGAAAAGUCAAAUGAUAACUUGCUCUCAAUUACGGCAGGUCCAGAUAUCUUAGUAACAGAUGAUAAAUCCGAUAAUUCUCAAGAAAAUAAGGUUACUGAAGAAACUGAUGACGAGAAACUUGUUGACGCUGAAAGAGUAAGCAAUAUUGCUAAGACCGUAGAACCGAACACCGCUGAGAUCCUGGAAGCGACUCCAAAUGUAUUAAUUUUAACAGAAAAUACUGAUGGAAGGAAAUGUAGUGAAAAUGAUAGUGUUAAUGAUGUUCCGCUUAAAAAAAAACUACCGCGAAAACAAUCCAGUUUGAUUUCGGGCGCUGAAACUAAGGCUGAAUCGAAAGCUGGUAAAACACCCACUAGUAAACCAACGACUCUUGUCACACGUAGAAGUACUCGGCGUUCGCAACACGAACCAGUUGCAAGCAGUACCUCAGUAGAAUCAGCGGUUUCCGAAAGGGUGACGACUAGGCGAAGCUCCGCAGUUCGAAGUGAUGACGCACGCAUAAUUACCGAGGACUCAGCGAAUGUUUCACCACCAAAAAUACGGCGCACACGUCGUUUGAUAUCAGAUUUUAACAAUAUGGAUGCAUUUGUGGACUUGGCUGAUUCUCAAGAAAGGGACUCCAAACGAGAUACUGGCGUAAUGUCUGCACUCACUUAUGCAGCGGAAACAUCGAAAACUACGAGAAAGAAAAAUACUGCACAUUUACCUGUGGUUGAUGAUGUACAGCUAGUUUCACAUAAACCCCAGCGAAGAAAGAGCUGAUGUGUCCGAUUCAUCAGCACGAACUACCAGAAGUCGCUCGUCUCGAAUUGCCAAAACACAAUUACCAGAAAUUUCAGAAGAAAAAAUGGUAGAAGAUGUCCCGCUCAGUACAGCGAAGCCCGCGAAAAAGGUUGGGCGAAAGAAAAAAUAAUAAAAUGCAGAUGAUAGUUCAAGCAGCUUUUUAUUUUAUAUACAUUUAAUUUCACUUUUUUUCGCAGAUUAGUAAUUAAGUAUACAUAUUUGAAUUUAUUAAAUUAAUUAUUGGUUUUAA